ACAAACGGAACAACCAGUGUGCGCUAUUGUCAUCUUUCCUUGGUGUUGGAUAAUCAAAAUAAUAGAAAGUGUGUUUUGCAAAAUGCCGGUGCUUAAAAAUCUACUGUUUAUACGAUGUUUCCAUAAGGGAGUGCAAUCUGCUCGUGGGGCCGUUGUGUUAAAUUCGGAAACGAAAAAAUGUGUUCGCAAUCCAAACAAAUCCAGCCCGCUAACAAAUCUUCCUGAUUACACCUUUAUGGAUGGGCGUGUAACACCGUUCGGGUCUAACCAGAAGAAAAGGAUUAUUCAGCAGCGUGAAAUCGCUAAACAAAUAGUAACACUUUCCAAAGAGAUGGACUUUGCCGUGGAACGACACAACCGACAUUUGGCCGAGGCAGAAGAAACCAAACGAAAGCAGUUGGGUGAAAAAUUAAAGCCCAAAGGACAUUUAUUACUGAAGAAAAAGUAAUAAUAGCUUUAUUUAUAUGAAUAAAAGGUCUAAUUGCUAGUUGUUAGCUUGGUUGCUGACGUCGUAGCGCUUCUA